CAUAAGAAAAUGAUGGUUAUAUUUUAUUUACUGCUGACAGCCAGAAUGGGGGGUUGCUCAAAUGAUCACAAUUUUGUGACAAAGACUGUUGAUGUUGGACAAAAUGUGACACUUUCCUGUAUUCGCCAGUCAGCACCUGUGCACCAAGGAACAUUAUUUUGGAUCAGACUUGUUUCUGGAAACCAGCUCGAAUUCUUGGGAGGAACAUACAGCUUUGAUUAUUACGGUGUUAACAAUACGUCUCAUAUUACAGUAAAACAAGAACCUGGAACCUUUAUUAUGCAAAUCAGUAAAACUAAACUAAGUGAUACUGGUUUAUACUACUGCAUAAAACUCAGAGAUCUUGCUGUGACCUUUUUGGAGGGAACAUUUCUGACCAUCAAAGGUCCAGAACCUGAUGUCAUACAAGUGCGAUCUUCUGAUCGUAUUCAUUCAGGAGACCAAGAGACUCUGCAGUGUUCAGUCCUCUCUAAGUAUGAGAAGAAAACUUGUCUAGAAAAUCCCAGUGUGUACUGGUUCAGAGCUGGAUCAGACAAAUCCCAUUCCAUUCAUGUUCAUGGAAACAGUGGUGAUGAAUGUGAGAGGAGUCCUGAAGCUCCCUCACAACGUAAAUGUGUCUACAGCUUCUCAAGGAAUGUCAGCUCCUCUGAUCCUGGGCUUUACUACUGUGCUGUGGCCAUAUGUGGACAGAUCAUUUUUGGAAAUGAAUCAAAACUGGAUAUUAAAGCAGCCAACAUGUGGGAUUUGCAGACAGCCAACACUGCUCUCUUUAUGUUAUGUGCUGCUUUGGUUACAAGUCUGAUGGUUAUAGGUUUCCUCAUCUAUACCAUUAAGAAAAAAACUUGUGAUUGUUGUAACGGCAGUGAUGGUGAUCAGCAAGGUCAGCAGACAGAAGAGGACCUCAUGGUUUAUACUGUACCAACUUUCACCAGAAGGAAAAAUGGCAAAGUAGAGAGAAGGAAUGGAAAAGUAACAGAGGGAGAAACAGUCUACAGUGAUGUCAGUGUUUUAGCGAAAAAUUAACUUUAGUAUUAUAGCUGUUCUGGUAAACUGGAAUCUGUAGGACUUAACAGUAUUGAGGCUUGAUAUCCCUUCUGAAGAAUUUCUGUGUCAUACUGAAUACUCUGCAAUUCCUCAAUUCUAAUAUCACACAUUUGUAUUCUGUAAAAGUCCAGUUUUUGUGUGUGCUAUUUUGUUUAAAUUUGUUUUCUUGUUUGUUUGUUUUUUUGGGUUAAUUACUAACACAAUUAUUAAUAGUGUUAAAUAUUACUUCAUGUGUGUUCCCUGCCUAUGUGCCCUGUGAAUUUCCCAACUAUGGGACUGACAAAAGCUAUCUUAUAUUAGUAAAGUCAGCCCUCUGUUUGUACAUAUUAUAUAACCUUCCUCUCAUGUUAGGGUCGGCACCGACCCAUUUUAAAUUUCAAAUGCAUAAAAAAAUCACAUACAUUUGUUUAUUGUAUCAAGGCUUUUUGACUUUGUCAGGAACCUCUAUUUCUACAAAAUAAAACAAAAAAAAAUAUUUUCACUAAAUUAUAAAAUGCCCUAGUUGAAAUUAUGACCUUUGUGUUGCUAGGGUCGGUUUCGACCCAGGUAUAAUAUGAGUAUAAAGCAAUAAUUAAAGCCAAAACUGAAAUCAUAAGUGCACUGUCAGCUAAAACACUGACAGCAAGCUCCUCUCCUAAUCAUAUGAGCUUUAGGGGAUUCUUAUUUUGCGUGUUUUUUGCAGUAUACCUGCACAAAAACAAAACAAAAUAAAGACGGGACAUGUCAAGACAUGUGAGGUGAAUUCACUCAUUUGAGUGGCCAUUUGACUUCCAGAGUGCACAUUUACAAUUUGCAGCAUACAAAAAUGAGAAGAAGAUUCACAGUGAGUUCUGGAUCAUAUUUUUGGUGAAAAUGAAGGAGAGGACACAGAGCAGCACAGCGAUUCAGAUGGGCAGGUUUCUAAGGAGGAAGACAAUGUGGACUAUCAUGCAGAAGACAAAGACACAUCUGAUCAGAGGUGGAGGUCACUGGUGCUGAAGCUACUCCUGCUGAAAGAUUCAAGUCCAAAAAUGGUAAUAUCUUUUGGAGCUCAGUACCUCAUGAUGUACAUGACAGGGCAGCUGCUGCAAAUGUCAUCAAAAUGACCCCUGGAAUCACAAGGUUUGCUCUGACCAAAGUCAGUGACAUCAAGAGAUGUUUUGAGCUAUUUAUGCCAUUGUCACUAAAAAGAAUCAUCAUUACUAUGAUGAACCUUGAAGGAAAAAAAGUCCAUGGCAACAUGUGGAAAGAUAUUGAUGAGGAAUACCUGGAUGCUUUCAUUGGUGUUCUUCUUCUUGCUGGAGUGUACAGAUGCUGCAAUGAGGCCACUGAUAGUCUAUGGGACACAUGGACAGGUAGAAAUAUUUUCUGGGCAACAAUGUCACUUCACACAUUUGAUAUCAUUUUGCUUCAAGAGUCCUCAGAUUUGACAACAGAGAGACCAGACCAAGGUCUGACAAGCUUGCUCCCAUCAGGAAUGUCUGGGAGAGAUGGGUGCAGCUUCUUCCACUGAUGUUCAUCCCAGGGCCAGAGGUGACAGUGGAUGAACGUCUUGUCCACUUUUCGAGGCAAAUGCGCCUUCCAGCAAUACAUACCCAGUAAGCCAGGGAAAUACGGCAGAAAAAUCUGGGAAGCCUGUGAUGCAAAAACCAACUAUGCCUGGAAUGUACAGAUUUUCACAGUCAAAGCUGUGAGUGGCAUCCCUGAGAAGAACCAGUGAAAAUGUGUGGUCCUCGAUAUGACCACUGGACUGCAGGGUCACAAUAUCAGCUGUGAUAUUUUAUUUUAUUUUUUUUUUUUUACCAGAUAUGACCACGGACAAGAACUUCACAAAGGAAACUUCACAGAGGUGUAGCUGUAUCACUGGGAAGUGAUAAAAAGCCCACAAUUACCCAAGACUAUAACCAAAACAAAGGAGA